CUCAACACGGAUGCUUACCUCGGGGAAGAAGGGUGGAUCGGAUUGGGCAUUGUAGCUCGUGAUUUUCAAGGGAAAGUAUGCUUUUCGGCUGUGCGUCGUUCUAGGGCCUGCUGGCCUGCGGCUAUUGCGGAGUGCAAAGCAAUUUACAUGGCGGCUAAGCUGGCUAAGGCUCAUGGUCUCGCGAAUAUUAUUAUUGAGUCCGACUCUCAGGUGGUGACUAAUAGGCUGACAAAUGAGACCCUCUAUUUUGCAGAUUUGGAUAAUAUUCUAGGAGAUGUGCUUUCUUUAUGUAAUGUUUUUGAUUCAGUUCAAUUCCUUCAUGUUAAGAGAGAUGGGAAUGCUGUAGCCCAUCAUCUCGCUAGAGUAGUGCCUUUUGGAGUCGAACAAUGUUGGGAGAACCAUUGUCCUCGUGAAGUGGCUCCGUAUGUUUUGAUGGACACUUUGUCCUUGGAUUAAUGCACUACUUUCUUUCCCCCUCAAAAAAAAAAAAAAAAUGGAUAAUAAUUUUGUUUUUCAGUAAGAUUGAGAAAAGAUGAGAACAUGGCCUGAGCCCCGAGUUCAAAAUCUAUUUAAUAGCACGAGGGCUAACGUAUAACAUAAGAGAGUCCAUAACUAAAUCGAUUAUUAUUAUAUCUCCAUUCUCCACCCCAACUUCCUUAACCAAUUAAAAUCCAUACCAAAUUCGAAAAACCCAUUAUCAUCUUUUACUUCUCCAAACAAAAACUAGAAAAACAAUAACUCAACCUUCCUCCACCUCACUCCCUUAUAUAUAUAACACCUUAUUAUUCACAUUCAAUCAACAUUCUCUUCCAAAACAAAAAAAAAAAAACACCAUUGAACCCUAAUGGAUUCCGACGAAAUAAAACCCAAAUCGUCGUUAGAAAUCGACGCUUCGAUGACAACUUCAAUAGAAAAAAAUUUCGAAGCGACGGAAGUUCCGCCAUGGCAGCAACAAUUAACAUUGAGAGCUUUUGUUGUGAGCUUUUUGCUAAGCAUUUUAUUCACGUUCAUUGUUAUGAAACUUAAUCUUACUACUGGAAUUAUUCCGUCGCUUAAUAUUUCCGCCGGAUUGUUGGGUUUUUUCUUCGUCAAAUGUUGGACAAAGUUGCUUGAGAAAUCUGGGUUUCUUAAACAACCUUUUACUCGUCAGGAAAACACUGUUAUUCAAACUUGUAUUGUUGCAUCUUCUGGAAUUGCAUUCUCUGGGGGUGCGGCAAGUUACGUUCUUGGUAUGAGUGAAAGAAUUGCAAAUCUGGGAGAGAAAGCUUAUCUACUGGACACCAAGAACCCUUCACUAGGAUGGAUGAUUGGAUUUCUCUUUGUUGUUAGCUUUAUUGGAUUGUUUUCAGUUGUUCCACUCCGAAAGAUUAUGAUUAUAGACUUCAAACUUACUUACCCAAGUGGUACUGCUACUGCUCACCUCAUCAACAGCUUCCACACUCCAGAGGGUGCCAUAAUAGCAAAGAAGAAAGUGAAGGUGUUGGGGAAGUUUUUCUCUUUUAGCUUCUUGUGGGGAUUCUUCCAAUGGUUCUUCACAGGUGGUGAUGAUUGCGGAUUUGCAAGCUUUCCGACUUUUGGUCUUAAAGCCUACAAACAAAAGUUUUACUUUGAUUUUUCUGCAACAUAUGUGGGUGUUGGCAUGAUAUGCUCUCAUCUUACAAACAUAUCUUUACUACUCGGUGCGAUUUUAUCAUGGGGUGUAAUGUGGCCUCUCAUUGGGACUAGGAAAGGGCGUUGGUAUGAUGCAAGUCUUUCUGACAACAGCCUUCAUGGUCUGCAAGGUUACAAGAUUUUUAUUGCAAUAGCAAUUAUUCUAGGAGAUGGACUAUAUAAUUUUGCCAAAGUUUCCCUGCGAUCAAUGGUAGGCUUGUACCUGGAGUACAAGAAAAAGAACUCAGGUGCGAUUCUUCCUUGUACUGAUCGUGAUUCAACUGAAGUAUCUCCUGAUCAAUUGUUCGAUGAUCAACGAAGAACUCAAUAUUUUCUCAAGGAUAGCAUCCCAAACUGGGCUGCAGUGGCUGGCUAUGUCGCAAUUGCUGUAAUUGCUAUUGCUGUACUUCCGCACAUCAUCCAUCAGUUAAAGUGGUAUCAUGUCUUGAUCUUGUACAUUGUUGCACCACCACUGGCCUUCUGUAACGCCUAUGGUUGUGGGCUGACUGACUGGUCCUUGGCAUCUACUUAUGGAAAACUCGCGAUCUUUAUCAUUGGAGGGUGGGCUGGUGCUUCUCAUGGUGGUAUUGUUGCCGGUCUCGCAGCCUGUGGUGUUAUGAUGAACAUCGUCUCAACUGCAUCUGAUCUUACCCAAGACUUUAAAACUGGUUACAUGACGCUAGCUUCACCUAGAUCAAUGUUUGUGAGCCAAAUAAUUGGAACGGCCAUGGGUUGUGUUUUAUCUCCUUGCGUCUUCUGGAUCUUCUACAAGGCCUUCCCUAAUCUUGGAUUACCAGAAUCCCGAUAUCCAGCACCAUAUGCAUCACUUUACCGGAACAUAGCUCUUCUUGGGGUCGAAGGACUAAGUUCGUUGCCUAAGAAUUGUGUCACAUUAUGCAUAAUAUUCUUUUUCGGUGCCAUUGUUAUUAAUGGCCUCAAAGAUUUCCUAGGGAAGAAGUAUGCAAGGUUUAUACCAAUCCCAAUGGCUAUGGCUAUACCAUUCUACAUCGGAGGCUACUUUGCUAUCGACAUGUGCGUUGGUAGCUUGAUACUCUUCUUAUGGCAGUACAAGAACAAGGCUGAGGCUGAUGCAUUUUCGCCUGCAGUUGCUUCUGGCUUGAUUUGCGGUGAUGGAAUAUGGACCUUGCCAAGUUCUAUACUUGCUUUGGCCGGUAUUAAUCCACCUAUCUGCAUGAAGUUUGUUCCCAGAUAGUUUAGAAGAAAGCAAAGGAUUAUGGCAUUUCCUAGCUAUAUAAGUUGUAGAUUCGUCUAGCUAGUUAUAUAUUAUCAAAGUAUCUAGUAUAAUUCAAGAAAUGUUGAUGUUAAUUUUUCACUGCUCAACUUUAUACUUUAUGGCAGUAUCUAUGCUACUAUUUCAUUCUUUAUCACAA